AUGAGCAAUGCCUUCGACCCCGAUGCACUGUCAAAAAUGCUAAAAAAGCUGUCUUAUGGUCUUAAUAAAGAUCAUAUUGAUAUUGAUUAUGCUAUGGAGAGAGUUACCAAGGGGAUAUCGAGUGCUGCGUCAAAACAGGAAAUCAUAGCAUUUGUUGCGGAAACAUUGGCUACGUUGGCCAGCAUUCAUCCCGAUCAUUCCAUUUUAGCAGCAAGGCUGGAGAUUCAUGAGUUGCAUAGAUCAUUAAACAACGUAACAUUUACAGAGAACUUAUCAGCUCUGUUAUCAGUGUCUCGAACAGAUGCAGAAGCAGCCUCGAUUGAUGAUGAUCCGUUACGCAAGCGCCAGAAACUGAGUAGAGUGCCUAAGAAGGGAGUAAUUUCACCACAGUUUUUUGCCUUAGCAAAGAAAUACCAAGAACGUUUGAAUAAUGCUAUCGUGUCGGAACGAGAUUAUGAGUUCACUUAUUUUGGGUGGAAAACCCUAUGCCAGUCCUAUUUAAUCAAAAAAGCGAAUAAAGUGCAUGAAACACCGCAGUUCAUGUUCAUGAGAGUUGCUCUCGCGAUACAUGGGCCGUACGAUGAUAUCGAUCUUGUUUUGUCUACCUACGAACUGAUGUCCCAGAGAUAUUUUAUACAUGCUUCCCCUACAUUGUUUAACGCAGGUACCGUCAAUCAAUACUUGUCUUCUUGUUUCCUGGUAGGAAUGCAAGAAGACUCUAUUGAUGGAAUUUAUAAAACUCUGCACAAGACAGCAUUGAUUUCAAAGGCUUCUGGAGGCAUAGGAAUUCAUGUUUCGAACAUAAGGGCAAGCGGAUCCUUCGUAUCUGGGUCAAACGGGAUUUCGAAUGGACUGGUGCCCAUGCUCCGUGUGUUCAACAAUACUGCUAGGUAUGUAGAUCAAGGUGGUAAUAAACGGCCUGGUGCGUACUGCAUAUACUUAGAGCCGUGGCAUUCUGAUAUUUUCGACUUUUUGCAACUAAGAAAGAACCACGGUAAAGAGGAGAUGAGAGCCCGUGAUUUGUUUUUGGCAUUGUGGAUACCUGAUCUAUUCAUGGAACGUGUAGAGUCCAAUGGUGAUUGGUCUUUAUUCAGUCCUGACGAGGCUCCUGGUUUAAAUGACGUCUAUGGUGAGGAGUUCAACAAGUUAUAUGGGUAUUACGAAGAAACACGGGCUCCGAUGAGAGUUGUUAAAGCACAAAAACUGUGGGCAGAAAUUUUGCAAAGUCAAACAGAAACUGGAGGUCCUUUUAUGCUCUAUAAAGAUGCUUGCAAUAAAAAAUCAAACCAAAAAAACCUGGGAACUAUAAAAUCUUCUAAUUUGUGCUGUGAAAUCGUAGAAUAUAGCUCAAAAGAUGAGAUUGCAGUUUGUAAUUUAGCCUCGGUUGCUCUCCCAUCUUUUGUCAGGACAUCGAACAGUGAAACCAAAUUGUUUGAUUUUGAUAAACUUCAUAGUGUUGUGAAGGUUGUCACUAAAAAUCUUGACAGAGUGAUAGAUAUUGGAGAUUAUCCGGUCGAAGAGGCUAGAAAUAGUAACCUGAAGCAUCGUCCUGAGGCUAUUGGGGUACAGGGUUUGGCAGAUCUAUUCUUUAUUUUAAAAAUUCCAUUUGAGUCAGAAGAGGCCAGUACUUUGAACAAACAAAUCUUCGAAACAAUAUAUCAUGCAGCUAUAGAAGCAUCUAUUGAACUAGCAGAGGAGUAUGGGCCAUACAGCAGUUUUGAAUCAUCUCCCUCGAGCGAAGGUAUACUUCAGUUUGAUUUCUGGAAGAAACCAAACCAGAAAUAUGACUUUCUGUACAAAGACUGGGAUGAUAUCAAAGAGAGGAUAAAAAAUCGCGGUCUUCGAAAUUCGCUGUUAGUAGGCCCCAUGCCUACUGCGUCUACCUCACAAAUACUGGGCUACAAUGAAUCAUUCGAGCCAAUGACGUCAAAUGUUUAUACUAGAAGGGUUUUAAGUGGGGAAUUUAUCGUCAUAAAUCAACACAUGGUUAAUCAUUUUUGUGAUCUAGGUAUAUGGGAUGAGAAAUUGAAAAACAAGAUAAUUAUGCAUGAUGGAUCUGUCAAGGACAUAGAGGGACUUCCGGAAUGGAUCAAAGACAUUUAUAAAACAGUGUGGGAAAUACCACAAAGACGGUUGAUUGAUCUGGCGAGAGAACGCUCUCCCUUCAUCGACCAGUCUCAAAGCUUGAAUUUAUUCAUGAAAACACCUACAAUGGGCAAGCUAACAGGAAUGCAUUUUUAUGCGUGGAGACAAGGACUAAAGACUGGGAUGUAUUAUUUGAGAACACAAGCAGCUGCAGCUGCAAUUCAAUUCACUAUCAACAGCGAAAAUACUUUAGCGAGUGGUGUCAGCCUACCAAAAUCUAAAAGGCAAGAGAAAAAGGAUAUAGUUUCUGGAAUAUAUCCGCUUAGUGCAGAUAAAGAGCUUUUUAUUCACUUCUUUAGUGAAGCAGGUGAAUCCCUGGCAAAUUUAAAAAAAGAUGAUUAUAACAAUAAAGGUAACGUAGACUCGUGUGAUGACGUCUUUGGAAUACAUGAUUCGACACCAUUAGCGUGUAAUUUAGGUGACAAUGGUGAGGUUUGUGAGGGUUGCUCGGGUUGA